CAUGGAAAUCAACGAGAAGGCGCUGCCCAUGACAGGUGGCCAGGAAUUUUGACAACGUGUCUGUUUUUGAGGAGAAAAACCCCCGGAAAACCAUGGAUGAACAAGAUAUCCCUAUUGAUAUCCAUACGGGAAAGCUUCAGGAAUGGCUUGUCAGUCGGCGAGUCGUGGGGAAAGAUUGGCACAAAGCCAUUCCAGAUAUCCGGAACAAGAUUAACAAUGCCAUCCGGGAUAUGCCUGCCCAUGAGGAACUGGUGAAAUUGCUAUCUGGAGCUCAUAUCAACUACUUCCAUUGCCUCAAGAUUGUGGAGAUCCUGAAGAUGACUGAGGCGGACACGAAGAAUGUCUUUGGACGAUAUGGGAGUCAGAGGAUGAAGGAUUGGCAGGAUGUGGUGAGAAGCUAUGAGAAGGAUAGUGUCUACCUGGCAGAAGCAGCUCAGAUUCUCGUUAGGAAUAUCACCUUCGAGAUUCCGAGUCUCAAGAAGCAAAUUGCCAAAUUUGAGCAGCUCAGCGAGGAAUCCACAAAGAAAGCUAAAGAUAUGUCAAAGUCCCAGAAUGCCAUCCGGUCAGAAUUCAAUACACUCUGCCAGCAGCUGGGUAUCAAGGGUGAAAAGAUUCGGGCUGAAUUGAAAGAAAAAGUUGAGCAACUCCCCAAAUUGUACGACGAAAUAGCAUCCAAGGUAUCAUCUCUGGACAAGGCAGUGAAUCUCUAUGGGGAAUACUGCAAGAAUAGGAAUUGCCUGGAGAUCAUCAGGCACGUGGCAGUGGCAGGGAAUUCCACAGUUUAUGAAUUCCUCUACUCAGAAGCUCCACUCUCCGUCGAAGAAACCCCCAUUGACUUUGGCCCAGAGGAAGACACAGCCCAAGAAGUCAAUCAAGAAAUCGACUUCGGUGAGACAAUUGACUUUGGCGAGGGAGAAAUCACUCUCCAGACCGACGGAGCGGACGGAGCCAUCGAUUGGGGCGAAGGAAAUGAGACUGUGACAGAUCCAGCAGAAAUCAACUUCGAUAUCUCGCUGGAGGAGAGCGGAAUUGUGGUGGAGGGAGGUGGACAAUCAGGUGGUGUGGCUCGUGGUGAGGAAGCUCUCUCGGUGCUGGAUGCACCAAAGUACAGAGAUCAGUUUAUCGAUGAACUCAUGGAGCUGGAGGCCUUUCUCAAGAUGCGACUGUAUGAAUUGACAACGGCGUCGGAAUCCUCAAUGAUUUCCCUCUCCUUCCUGGAUGAGAUCGCCGGACAGGAUACAAACACCAUUCAGCAGAUGAUAGUGAAUGUGGAAGUUGUCCUGGCCAACACAAUGCAGCCCCAGCUUCAGUAUUUGCAUCAAGUUAAACAUUCCCCAAGGUACAUUGACAUCCUGUCGGCUAAAGUGAGGCAGAAGCUGACUGCAAUCGACAAACUGAAAGAAAAUGAGAAUUUGUCCAAGGAGAAAUCCGUCAAGUACCACGAGCAGGCAGCCAGUUUGCGUCCGGAUCUCGCAAAAGCCAUCAGCCACACAAAAAUCCUGCAACAGCAAAUCGAAACGGACAUCUCUAAGCGCUACAAAAACCGCGUGGUCAACCUAAUGGGCGGCAUCAACACGAUCUAAUCGUUGGCUGUUUAAAAAAAAAUUAAACUCGUUUAUUGAAAAAUGUGAAAA